AUGAUCGUCCUCAGAGACUGGACUCUCAACCAGCCUCAGCAUACCCCAACCUCCCUCGGAGGCAUGGCCAACAUCGAUCACAAUGGGCGGCUCGUGCAUCAUCUCCUGGCCGGUCACGACUCAAAGGACGGUGCUGCAACGAUAUUUGUCAACGUAAGGGAUGUUGCAAAGGAUCUGUGGGUGCGUUUGGAAAUUCCUCGAAACAUUCCAGUAGAAAACGCGCGCGACUUGAUCCUAGCGAGAUGCCAGCGCACCAUGUCACCGCCCUCUGCCCCAUCCUCAGUCGCAGAGACUCUCCAGGUCGACGACGAGUCGUCCAUGAUAUAUAAACUCGAUGCGCGUUUGGGUCAGACAGUAGAGUCAGUAUUGCUCGAGAGCAACAACAGCCGGGAUCGUGACCCUAGCAAGACACCAACCCAUCGUUCAAAAGGAAACAACAAGUCUGUCCCCUGCAACACUAUUUCAACCUCACACUCGGACCGAUCCAUGACCCAGUCGUCGCACUCCUACAACAGCAACAACAGCAACAACAGCAAUGGGUCAGACAACCCGCCUCAUGGCUCGCUUGAUGAGGAGGACAUCCAACUGAAGGCGGAGGCCAUCAUUACCCGCUUGGACUUGUUUGCCGACAGCAUCAACGGGUUCGGCGACAAUGCGGCGCGGAUCAACUACACCAGACCGAUAACAGUACACGCACAGAGCAGCACGAGCUACCAGGACGGUCAAUUAGAGCCCAUCAAACCACAACAUCUGCGGCGACUGUUGUCAAACCCAUCAAUGAGCCAAGACGACCACGGCACGAGCCCACCUGAGCGGCCAAAUCGGGAAGGAGGCCAGAGCCGGAUUCCUGGCUGGAGUCAUUGGCGUGAGCGACACAACAGCCAUACCGGCAAAACCGACGUCAGUGACCUUGGCGAUGUCUUGAUUGACUGCGCAGAAGGUCAGGAAUAUCCGAACGAGGCUGUCCAAAAGGACUGCGAGGCAUGGAAGGCUUCCUUUGGGCUUUUUUGGGUUGCUGCUGGACACUGGCUGGAUGAUUCACGGCUUAUCAACUCAUACCACUUGCAACCUCAGGACGUACUUGAGCUCCAACGGCGCGACCACUACAUCCAAUUACCGCCUCCAGGAAGCAACCUGAGUUAUUACGACCAUUACGCAGAAGGUGUCUUGUUCAAGCUAUCAAAGAAGAACAGGCCCGUCAGCAUGUUUACCAACAAUAACGGCAAGGAGUCCACUGGAGUAUGGAAGGAGCGGAUCUUCAACUCGCUCAACAGCAACAUGGCUCCUUUGGCUUCUCCUAUGUUUCACGGAGGACCUGGAUCACCAAUGACUGCAGGAUCCGAUAUGGGCUCGCUCUCCAACGCUCUCACGGGUUUCUCUCCCGAACGCCGGAGGGUUCAGACCACCAGUACAUCCUUCUCCAGUGAUGCGUCCACUGUACCUUCCAUCAACCCAGUUUUGAUCUUCAACGCAGCCGCAGCCAUCUCAAACUUGCAGAGUCACCAGGCAAACACUAACAGCUCUAAUGGAAGCCAUAACCAUUCCCGCAACCUCAGUCACGCCAACCACCUUAAAGGUGGCCCUGCGCUCGACAGCAAGGAGCUGAACUUGCUUCAUCAUCACCCGCUCAACAUCAGCGUCAAAGACGAUAUCCGCCGCAGAGCCAUCACCGAGCCCAACCGUCAUCGGCUGAUGAACCCACACCAACAGCGCGGUCACACCAAACAUUCCUCUAAAGCAUCGGCACCAGAGAUUGACACCAAUGCUAUGGCGCCUGUGGACGUGUCAAAUGUGUCGGAGGCGCCCUUCAGGCUUGAUUCGCCUCCUGGCCGAAAGAGGCGCCCAAUGCUUGGAACUGAAUACCUCGACAAUGCCAGUCAAGUGCUCCUAGCUACGUCUAGCGCACGAUCGUCUACGGCACCAGUCUACUCUGGAUAUGUUUGGCUCUACAUUCCUCAAGCUACGGAUGCACAGGAGAAGAAUCCAGGAGAUUGCCAACCUACCGACGACGCCAACCCGCCAGAUGCAUCUACGAGGGGAUCACCAACGUCACAAACCAGUAGUUCCAGCAUGGCCUCCGGUCGCUACGUCAAGUGCUUUGCUGCGAUCAACGAUCAAGGCCACUUUCAGUGGGUCGAGGUCAAGAAGCAGAACGAUUUGGGACACGAGCAGGACGUCAAGGCGGAUAUCAAGAGUUCAUCUCGAUCCAGCUAUGGUAUUCAGCUUGUGCCACCUCGGAAGCAUACAGAGUCGCCCGUCCGCCGGCAUGUUGAAAGCGCACCAGAUGGCGCAGAGAUGGGGCCACCCACCUCCGCGGAAUCGGUCAAGAAAGGCAAGGACCUCAUCCAGGCUUCCAUGUCUAUCAAGUUGCGACUCUAUUUCUUUUGCAUCAAGAUUCCAUCGUCAGCGCUGAAAGAGGUCCUCAUCAGUAUGGUUCCCGAGAAUCUGUCGCCAACUGCCUCACUACCGACGGUCACCUUGGAACACAUUCCAGCAGUUACCUCUGCUUCCAGUGGAGCAGCCAAAGUAGCCAGCAAGGUUCGCCAUCGACUCUCGUCCUCACUCUCGACCUUGACGACGUCCGCCAAACCGCCGUUGCCCAAUGUCAAAUCUCAGUCUCAUUCAGGGUCGAUCUCCAAGGGCAAGAAUGCGACCUGGCCUACAAUGGUGCCACUCAUUGACAAGGAUGGUGGCCUACUGCACCCGUCAGCCGCACCUGGAUCAUCGUCGUAUCGGCCCAUGUCUCACAGGGUGUCGAGUGCGUCUCUCAAGUCGACCCUUACUGGUAUCACGACAGUGCCGCCUUCAAAUUCUUCGUCCUGGCUUCAGAGCAAAGACAGCGACGGACAGAUGGUACAAAGUCCAGCUUCAGCAAGCUCACCAGACCCAGUGUCACCCUCAUCGUCCACUUCGUCAAGCAGCAACGUUCUCACUUUAGCACAAGGGCUCCAAAAGGCGGUGCGUUUGACUCGAUCUCAUUCUGGAUCCGAUGCUCUUCUUGGUGUUGGACGUUCUGGCUAUGAUGGUGAGGCUCUCGGAUCGCGGUCUGCAGAAUCGUCUCCCAAUGGUUCUAGUGCACGGCCUAGGAUGACCCUGUCGGAAGUCAUGGCAGCUAAGCAAGCAUCAAUCCCAGACUCAGCGGCGACUUUGGAGCAGUCCAAGUUACUUCAGCAACAAAUCGAUCAUCAGCAGGACCAGCAAAGGGUGGAUGAGCAAUGGGCGCGGUCGAUGGCUCAGAACCAACAUCACCAGCCCCUUCAAGAACCAGUGAACUUGGAGUCAUCACGACCUACUUCAGAGGCUAUUCGAGCGACCUGUCCCUUCUUGGAGUUGAGCAGAGACAACGACGACAUUGAUGCCGACCAGCAGUCUAUGAUCACUCUGAAGGGCUACACCGAGACCGAGGAAGGCUGGAAGAUUCUCCAAUGGGCACUUGAGAAGUUUUUGGCUCAUAUAUUUUUGAGUGCCAAGGCGUCGUUGGUUGAGGAGGCCCACCUGGCUGCAUCUAUGGCAGCUGUUGAUGCUGUGCGGAGUCCAACGCCCGAUAUGACUCGCCUUGAUUCUGGACUGCCUACAACAGCCGCUCCGUUUUCAGUCGGCGGUGGCGUAGCAGUGGCGGGACCAACGACGACGCCUGUAUCAACUAAUGGUCCUGUUGCGCAGAUCCGGGCGACGAGCAAGGGAGUAGCGACCCACCGUACUUCGCCUUCGGAAUCGGCAGCUUCUCUUCACGCCGCUACCUCUCUCCUACCAGGUCCAGACCAGCACGCCAACAAGCAAGUACACGUUAUCGAGGCAAUUGGUCAAUCUCCACCGACAUCUUCGAACUUGAGCAAAGCAGCGGCAGGAGUUGGAUCGUCUUCAGGAGCGCAACCCAAGCGAGGACUGUCCGCUACCAACGUUCUGUCACUCUCUGUAGGUUCAGGAACCAGCCUCUUCCGCCCUAGACCACGACUGAAUCAACAACGAUCUGCGGACGAAUUGUCCAAGGCGCUUAACCAGGGUAAACCCGACGCCGCAGGCUUUCAAGUCUACCAGGGCGAUCAACAACAACUCUACCCUGCUGGAGAGUACGACCAGACGACGUCGUCGUACUACAUUGGUCGUUCUUCCGACGAACGAGGCAGAGGAUGCUCAGGGUCAAUUGGAACUGGAGGAGGAGGACACUACACAACUUCUGCGGCCAUGGCGCACACCACUGAAUGUAGCACGGACGAACUUUCCAGUGGCAGUAACGGUUACAACAACAACAUUGGAAUAACUACGAGCAGGCCCAAUUCCAAAGGAAAGACGUACUGUGUAGACAAGGAUAAUCAAUCUUGGGCGGCCAACGUGAACAGUUUGUCACCACCGUCAUCGUCUGGAUCUGGAGCUACCCGACAACACUCGUCACAUCGAGGCAAGGUCCCGGGGUCGACUCAGAGCACACCUCCAAACUCGAAUCGCAAGACAGAAUCCAUCACUGCGAUUUCGGCCGCCGCCGCUGCCACACUUUCACCACCUUCGUCCACGUCGUCCUCGUCGUCGUCUUCAUCAUCUUUAACGAGUAAGCCUCAGCGGACGAUGGUUAUGUCGACAGGGGAUCAACGGGAUGGAACUGGAGCUGGAGGAGGAAGAGAAGGAGAGGGAGGGCUUCGUGAGAUUGAGGAGUGGUCUGAAAAGGUUGUGUUUUCUCGCUUCCAAGGCGAUGGAUACAGUUCGUUGGCAGCAGCGGAUCGACCGCCUCCAUUGCCUGCACGACCUAACGGAGAGGUGUCCCCUAGAGACCGUAUCAGUCGCAGUAGUCUGUAUUCUUUGCACGGACCCGAGUUUUUGACCGCCCAGGGUCAACAUUCCGGCGGACGCAACCACAACAGGACCGACAGCGGCAGCUUCAAUGAUAAAAGUAAGAGCAACAAUACCAACAACAAGAACGGCAGUUAUGGCAACAAUGGUGGCGAUGGAAUGCUUCAGCUGGCCGAGAUUGGGUACGAUCUUGGAUUGUCGUUGAAUGAGUUGGAGAACCCUGAUGGUUCCCUUUGGACACCUAUCAUUGUGGACAGUCGCCACCCUCAUCAACAACAGCAACAGCAACAGCAACAGCAACAGCAACAGCAACAGCAACAGCAACAGCAACAGCAACAGCAACAGCAACAGCAACAGCAACAGCAACAGCAACAGCAACAGCAACAGCAACAGCAACAGCAACAGCAACAGCAGCAGCAGCAGCAGCAGCAGCAAAAACAAAACGCUCCACACACGAUAUCAACAUCAUUGUCGUCCUCAGUCCCGUCUCGACACGGCCUUGGUCUUGGUCUUGGUAUUGGUCUUGGAGUUGAGGAGGGUUCACGUGGGGAGAUGUAUUCGAGUCCGCCUCCAUCUCUGUCGUCGACGGUGACGCAUCCAUCGAAUCCGACGGGACAGUCGUUGAUGGGGAUGGGGCUGAGGAACGGAGGAAGGGAAGGAGGAGGAAGUGGAAGUGGAAGUGGAGGCGCUGGAGGUAUAGGAGGUGAAGGAAGUUCGUCAUUGGGCAGUAAGAAGCAUCACACUGUACUUGGUGCAAGCCGAGCGGCUGUUACAGGAGUCUUUGGCAAGUUCCGCAAGAGCGUUGGCUAA